GCAACACUUGUAUGAUGCCCUGAUUGGUGAACGACCUGAUCGACAACUGCAAAAUCCAAGUUCAUAUAAAAAUCAGAAUUCGAAUGGAUUUUGCAAGAAGAAGUAAACAUUGUGUUGCAGCAGCUGCAAGACAUCAUGCUGGAAUGCUCCAAGCGUUUCCCACACUCAUUUUCCGACCAAGAAAACCUAGUCAAGACUGACAAGUUGAUCCUGAACAGCACUAGCUCCACCGCUGCCCCUGACCAAAUUAAAGUCCUGGCAACAAUGUCAGGGGAUAGCAUCAGCCACGCAGACAUUGCACUGCGCAUUCCCAAGCAUCCCGGCACCACCCUGAGGACAAUAGUGCAGAAUGACUGCCAGUGGAAGCUCCAGCAGGUGCAAGACGCGGGUAACAACCUAAUGACUGCUUUGCAACUGCUCACGCCGCCGCCGCCGAACUCCAAGUUUGAGUUCAAGUCUGCAGAAGAAGUCACCCAGCUUAUGACCACCGUAAUGGGUUGCCUGCAGAGGGGUCGAGCGAGCCUCAUCAUUCCAAAGAAACGCACCAUCGACGAGAUUCUUGGAAGCCGGAACAUGAAAUCCUUGCAACCUCCACUGCCUCAAGAUCUAGGUGCCAGCUUCUAUGUGCAGUCCCACAAGCUCAUCUUUGCUGUGUACUACGUCCACAAGGACUCACACGGCCAGCCGAAGUUUGAUGUCUUUCAGGCAGAGACGUCUGUGCCCUGGCUGAGUGAAGUCCUUGUACUGUUCACCAUAGCCCUGCAGCUCUGCCAGCAGCUUAAGGACAAGGUCGCCGUGUUCUACCAAUACAGGGAGUUCCACAUCCCGUAAGAGAAAACAAAAAUGCAAGUUCACAAGCUGUGCUGUGAGAGGACAGAGGAGAAGUGCAUUCAGAGAGAUACUUAAGGAACAACAACUGUGUCGGCGCACUACCAAAGCUCCACACCUGUGAAGCUUCAGCUCCUACAGGAUGGGCCAGUUGGCAUCACUACUAUCUGCUGUGGCAGCUAAAAUUACUCAACUCGCCCAAUAGAAACGCACUUACAUUUUCUUUUUUUCCCAGUGCUCGAAAAAGGUCACGGGUAUCGAUGUAUAGGGCCUCUGUUUAGUGAAAAAGAAAACUGUGCUAUGUUUAUGUACUAUUCUGGCCAGAAGGUAAUGACGCAGGUCACGAACAGGUUAAGCUCUGGUCAUGACAAACUCUUGCUGCACUAUGGGCACCUACUUUCGUCCGUGUGUUCCGUUACUUGUUGUUUACAUAAUGAGUUUUGUCUUAGACUGAUUGUGUUUACUUGCAUAGGUCUCAUUAGUAUUUGUCAAGUUAACACUUUUUCUCCAAACUGUUGAAAUUAAUUAGUUCCCUAUUGCCACAAAUGAAUUUACGAUAUACUUUUGCCACAAUUAAUGAGCCGGCUGAAGUGUAUAGUGAUAAGCAAGAGAAAAUACUAAGUCUUUAAAUGCAGAUGGUAGAUUGGCACUUUUGUGUCAAUCAGGCUUGCUUUCUGUUGAAGUCGCUGAGGAAACUUUCUUCUUUUUUUUCAUUUUCUGAAGCUUUCUUUAUAAUGCAGCAGAACAUAGAACAAACACCAGCAUCAAUUUUUUUUAUUUAGUCACUUUUUAUACAUGAUGCGAUACAAAUUAUUGAUUUUAAAAUGUGCUUUGCAUUUGCACGUCGUUUUAAGUGCAGAGAGUUGUUGUCAUGCUUCAUACUGUAGCGAGAAAUUUGGUAGCAGCAGCAGCUGUUUUGCAUAUCUCGACUAGAAAUCCGUGUGCACACGACAAAUCAACAUUUUUUCUAGUCGUCUAGGCACCCUGCAACAGUGUUAUCAAUGAGAACUACCAUCAGAGCUAACUGAGCUAACUGACGGAUACCUAAGUGGCAUUGCUCUUAUGGACAAACCAUAUGCGAACAAGAGAAUCCAAACUUAAACAGCAAAGUAAGAUGGCAGCGAACAUUCGCAGUGAACGAAAAAAAGAAAAGGUAGCUUUAACUUUCAGUGAGCCGUACUGAUCCUUUUUAGAAGUUAAAAUCAGCCAAACCUAUUAAUGGUCUUGUUUCAUUUGUCUGCUAUGGAUAACGUAGUGUGAUGUCGGAGAAGCCUUCAUUCAGCUUGUGCUUUUUUUCGCCUUCAUCUGUGCUAGAUAUGGACGCCGUUUCCUCAAUCCCAUAUUUGUUAAUGUUGUCAGACGUAGUCAACUAACGAUUAAUAAAAUGACAUUGUCAUAGUGGCUAAUCAUAGCUUGAAUAUACAUCGCAGAGUGCCUGUCGACUAGAUAGUUUACAAAGCAAUAAUUUCACUCUGCCAGCAUACAUGCAUGAUAUGAAGGGCAUAAUGUGCGUACCAGACUUGGGUAGAGAUGUUAUCAAGCGCUGUGUGAUAGCUGCCAUUUAUAGGACAUGUUAGUUUGCAGUGUUUCUUGUAUACUUUUUUUUUCUUCAUGUUUGUAUUAUAGUGCAUGUAUUAUGCAAAACUCUUUAUGUACAGUGUUUUUGGCAUAUACAUUAGCUUUUACUUUUAAUGUGGUAAACUCAGAAAAAGAAAAAAGAAAAACUACUGUCUUGUGGAUUUUAAAUGAGAUGCUGACAAUAUACUCGUUCUUUCUUCUUCCUUUUUCUUUUUUUGAAGAUGUUUUUAUUUUUGUGUGUGUGAGCAGUGAUUGUGCCCUGUGAAUGCGUGUCACGGAAUGCUGUUAAUCAUGCAACAUGCUCAUUUAGUGCGCUGCUAAUUGUGCACGUGUCAAGAACAGCCACCAUCGUGCGCGCACGCACGCGCUUCAGUAGCAAAGUCUUUUUUUGCACUGCGCUCCAUUGUACCCAACAUUCCCGCAUUAAGCCCCAUCGUCAGAUAACACUUCUUUUGACUUUGCAACAAUGCGCAUUACAGAGCACUUUAAGUCUUCCCAGUAAAAUAGAACUUUGCCAAGUACUACCAACAACUAGUACUCGUACUUAGCUAAACUAGUACAGCACAACACUUUGCAAACAGAGUUUGUGGUACCUUGUACACUGUUCAUUCACUGCAUAAUACCCACCAGGGAGACGUGUUUAAUGCUUGAGCCAAGCCAGGAAUAACUUCAACUACGUUUGUUGGCAGUGGUUCCGAUUACGUGAAUGUUGCACAGAGGUCACGCUUCUCCAUCUCACUCCUGUGUGAUGGUGCAUGUGAAAGGGCGAUAGUGGCAAAAUGGUCCCCAAAAGGCACAUGAAAGCACUAAACCGAUCAGCCAACACAAAUUGCUGUAUUGAAGACCAUGUUUUCAAGCAACCACUGGACAAAACACGGAAGAAUCCGACAGAAAGAUAGAUGGCAAACGGCAGUUUCUGUGCAACAUGUUAUUCUUACAAACCUACAUUAGACUCGCAUUCUUUCUUGCUUUCCGACUCAGUAUAUAACUGUCUCUACUAUAUGUUUUAUCUAUAACUGUGAUCUUGCAGAUAGAAACACUCCUGCGAUUAUGCAAAUAGAACAGCCUUUUCCCUUAGAUUUGAUUACAUUGCCGUAAAUCAAUGCCAUGCACAGAUACUACAUGGACCCACUAACACGAGGCCAUUCCCUCUUCUACAUUGAGUAACAUUGACUGUUGUGACUAGUUCCAUUGGUGAUGUAGUUGAGAGGUUGCGUGCUGGAUAAAGCUUGUUCAAAUUUUUAAUCAGUGUUUCACUGUUCAUGAAAACACGAGGCUCACAUUAAUAUCUAGUUAGUGCUGGUAUCACAACUUGUACUGAAGUGCAGCUCAUUAUGUGCAGUUACGAUUGUUUUGUAGGUUACGUUGCAGGGGAAGGGGGGGGGUCCAAUAUAAUGAACUAUUUGGCUGAUCUGCUGGCUCUUUUCACGUUCAAUAUUUGAAAAGGUGGCCAUAUAGUGAUUAUAUUUACUACCAUGUUUAAAUGCAUCAAUUGCCUGUUUCAACCGGGUAAAUUAACAGCGUACAUCACUGCAGCGAUUCCAGACAAAAACAUGCGUUUUGUCACAGUUAAGGGAACGGUUGUGGUGUCUGUUCCAAGAGGGAAGAAAACAGCCGCUGCAUGGAUGAGAGAAUGGGAAGCAGUUUCACAUUCUGGGCAGCAGAUUGCGCUGCCGUCCCUCUAGCUAAGGGAAAAGAAAAAAAAAUUCAUUCAGCAGCAUUGCAAGUGUGUGCUCUCAAUUUUUUUCAAAAUUAAAUAAAUUCCAUUGAAGAUGAGAGAAUGUGGAGCAGUUUCAUUACUCCAGGUAGCAGAUGGCAGUGCUGUCGCUUUUACUGAUAAAGAAAAAAUAAGAAUUUUUAUUCGGCAGCACUAGAGAUGUGUGUUCUCCAUUUAUUCCAUUUUAAUAAAUCGGGGCAAGUGCCCAUUUAAGCAUGGCAUUAAAGUUCACCAUAAGAAUGCCACCAUAUCAACGAAACAUUCCAUGGUGACUGAUUAGUCUUUUAUUGUCGUAUUGCAAAGCAGUCUUACAUGGGGACUUAAUUCAAACACAAGAGCAUCCUCUCUUUUAAGAACAAUCACUUUUGUAGAUGAAAAAUGCACCAUGUGAUAGAACACAAAAAGCUCUGGUGUUACUACCAUCAUCGGCUGUUUACCACUACUGAUUGGUAUGCUGCAAGUAUUCUGUGACUGUGCUGUUAAAGAGAAUGUUUAAGACUGUGUGCGGUGGUAAAGCUGCUCUGCGUGGUUAGUUAUGAUGUCUGCAGACAGUCGAAAUGUUGAGUAGCUAUUUAUCAGUGUCUCAUGUAUUUCCACUUUUACAGAACAUUAUAUAUACUUUUGAAUUGUUUAUAUUGUUAGAUUGUUGGACAUUGUUUACUAAAGGUGCCAUUCUUUUUUGUUAUUUGUAUACUAAUGAGUUGAAAACAAUAAAAUGAUCUUAACAGAAUUA